CUGGAGCUGUCGGUGGCAUUAGCCUCAGCAGACUGAGAUUCACACACACAGAGUGAGAAACAGCCAACAGAGAGAAAAGAGACAUCAGGCAGCCGCAGAGUUGAAACAGAAGCUCUCAUACAGAGGAGUGAAGACUGACCAGAGCACUUGUUUCUUUAAGACUUUUAAUCUUCAGCGUGCCUGGACUUUCUGAGGAGUGUUUGUUCAGCUUGACUUUGGACAAACCCUUGCUUUGCACCUGAUCCUUCUCUUCAAACAGGACGAGGAGCAAGGAGAGAAAAGUCUGAGAGGUGCACAGGCAGUCAGCUGUCUUCUUCCAACUGUCUUCACAUUUGAUUUACUUUCAUACCCAUCACUGUUCUGCCAAUGGCUGCUGUGCGUCAGAUGGUUAUGGAGGCACCCGGCUUCCACGCCUUGCCGGCCCACCUUAUGGCCUCAGCCAUGGAGGAGUUCCCCCAGCAGCUGCCUGUACCCAAGGGCCCAGCGAGGGGCAAGAGCCGCUCCCGCCGAUCUCGCGAGGCUCGCUUCAAAACACAGCCUGUCACCUUUGCUGAGAUCGCAGAGGUAGAAGAAGAGGGUUCAUCACCCCUGGAGGAGGAGAGGGCACGUCGUUCCUUCCUGCAGUCCCUAGAGAACCUGCGGCGGAGCACACAGACCCUCCACUGCCUGCCGACUGGCCAUCACAGCUGCACCCCUGCACCCACACAGGCCAGCCAGGAUUCCAGUGACUCCGACUCUACCCAGUGAGUGGUACCCGGCACCCUAGUUCCUUGCUUCUCCAUGACGCCGCUUCGAAUGGAGGCCAACUGAACUGAACCAAACUGGCCUUUCUGCCAGCCUGCCUGUGUGUGUGUGUAUAUGUGUGAGCUGCUGCUGUUAAUAUAUACUAACAUAUCAACAUACAGUAUAUAGCUCCAGGAUGCACUUGAUGCAUAUCUGUAAAGAUCUCUGCCAGUGCCACAGCUGGUUAUACUGCUGUAUAGAUAUGAUGAGUGUGAAAGUAGCAGAUGACGCAGUGUUGAACACACAACUCUUCAAAUGUAUUCCUUUUCUACUGUAGCUGUCUGUGAGGAAACUUGAAUGAUGAAGAUGGUUGAUAUUUUUCCACUUUAAAAUUGUAUAGGUAUUUUUGUUUCAAUCCAGAUUUUUCUACUUGACCAGUCACCUUAGAAAGGACUGUUGAAAAUUGUUAGUAUUGUGACUUACCAUGCUGUAUGUACUUUGACUAAGCAAUGUACUGAGCAUUAAAAGUGACCAGGCUGUCACUGAGGCAGUGGAGUACCAACACAAAGCUUUGUCAGGAGUUCAAGCUCUUGUUUUCCAGCUUCACAGUGAAUCAAAUCUCUGCUUUUGCUUAAAUUCUUGAGCAAAAAGAAAAUGCCUUUCUAAAUGUCUUUAUUUAUUCUUUCAUUUUGUUCAUAACCAAGUGGAGUUGUAGAUGUGUUGCUCUUCUAAAGUCACCUUGACUUUCAAAGAAAAUCAUAACCUUUAUACUGUAUAUUUGUGUUACUUUAUACAUAUACAAUACAAUGUUUGUUAUAUGUACUUUAAUAAAUAUUUUCAAGUA